GGUGGCGUGGCUGGGCGCUUGGGCGCCGACGGUCGCGGCGUCCUGGCAGACGUACCGGGGGCCUGGGGAGCGGCGGAUCGGGAGCCUCCCUCCCCGGUCAGCGCGGGCGGCCUAGCGUAGCUGCUCGGAGGCCUGGCGCCCGCGGGAGGAGAUCCCGAAGCCUUAUCCGGGACAUGGGCCGCAGAAAGUCCAAGCGGAAGCCGCCCCCCAAGAAGAAGAUGACGGGGACGCUGGAGACUCAGUUCACCUGCCCCUUCUGCAACCACGAGAAGUCUUGUGAUGUGAAAAUGGACCGAGCCCGCAACACUGGAGUCAUCUCCUGUACCGUGUGCCUGGAGGAGUUCCAGACGCCCAUCACCUAUUUGUCAGAGCCCGUGGAUGUCUACAGUGAUUGGAUAGACGCCUGCGAGGCAGCCAAUCAGUAGCGAGGAGGAGGACCCACCCCCUGGCAACCCAUCCCCACCCCACCCGCCUGAGUUCCGAGCCAGAGACAUUGGGGGGCCAGGGUGUGGGUCCAGGGCUGUGUUAGUCCACCGUGUGUAUGUGUGUGUGGGGUGUGUGUGUGUGUGCAUGCGCUUGAUUGUUCACUUGCGUGACUGUGGUAUGAGUCUGUGUGACUGGGAGCCAGGACGUGAAGUUGAGGUGUCCCUGUGCCCACUCUGCCUGAGCUGCCUCCAUGGACACUGGGACUCUGACGUGCCGGGUUCUCCAGGGCCCUGAGUUGUUCGGGGGAGCCUCCCCCAAGUUCCUGGGACUUGUGACCGGGACCUCUGUGCUCCACCCAGCUCUCUCAGUCAGGCCCGGGCUGGGCGCAGGGAAAGGGGUGCGGUGGCGUUGGAAUUGCUUUUAGGGAGUGGCA